AUGGACUCAGAAUUAACCCCAAGUCUCCACUUCUGUCCUCAGGUCCGUGUCGACAACCUGGAAGGCCAUCUGAGGGACCGUCACCCCGAUCUCUGUCAUCAAGCCCGCAGCGAUCUAGUCCGCCAUCACAAGAGCCUUCUGCCGACGCUGCUAGAGGAGGGACCGAAAGAGGAUCAACUGGCCCGGCACGGCUUGUCCAACCCGGCCGAGCCCGUCGAGGGUCUCUCCAUCCACCGGGGCUUCGCAUGCACCUGGCCGGGCUGCCCCGGGUACCUCACGCCAAGCUGGAAGUGCCUACGCGUGCACUUGAACGACGAGCACGACGCCAAGGCAGCCAAGAGGAAGACUCAGGAGGACCUCUGGGCCACCGUGCAUCCAGUGUUGCGAAUAAUAUAA